UGGAAGUUACAGUGCGGCGGCGGAGAGAAGGCGGUGGCGGCGGCGGCGGCGGAGGCGGCGGCGGCGGCGGCGGCUCCCGAGGCGGCUGCGGCGGCGACGGCGGGACGGAAGAUGGCAGAUUUUCUGAAGGGGCUUCCGGUCUACAACAAGAGCAACUUCAGUCGCUUCCAUGCUGAUUCCGUAUGCAAAGCCUCGAACCGCCGGCCCUCCGUGUACCUGCCCACCCGGGAGUACCCAUCGGAACAGAUCAUCGUGACCGAGAAGACGAAUAUUCUCCUGCGUUACCUUCACCAGCAGUGGGACAAGAAGAACGCUGCUAAGAAGAGAGACCAGGAACAAGUGGACCUUGAGGGCGAGAGCUCGGCGCCCCCGCGCAAGGUGGCGCGGACCGACAGCCCCGACAUGGCUGAGGACACCUAAGGCCCUGAGCCGGCCGUGCCUCCCACUCCUGCGCCCCUCCAUAGCAGCCCAUGUAUUUAUUUCCCCUGAGUUUUUAUUUAUGCUGUCGUGUGUCCCAGCUGUGGCUUCAGUGCCGAGCAGCCAGCGUCACGUCUGUCCAUGGUGUCCGUGUCUCCCCCAGACUCCCCACCCCGGCUGCCAUGGGUCUGCGGGGCCCGGAACCCGCCCUGGGCUGUUGUGGGGCGUUCACCUCGCGUGGGUCUCCCCAAACCUCGGCCACGCCGACCCCCCUCCUGACUCUUCGUCCUGGACGAGCGCCCCUGUCUGUCCCAAUAAAAGGGUCUUUUCCUA